AUGGACCUAUACUAUCUGCCCUUGGUCGGCGCUUGCCGCUCCGUUCUGAUGGUGGGCAAGGCCCUGGGUCUGGAAUUCAACAAGAAGAUAAUCAAUACGCUGGAGGGGGAGCAAAUGAAUCCGGAUUUCAUCAAGAUCAACCCGCAGCAUUCGAUUCCCACGCUGGUGGACAAUGGUUUCACCAUUUGGGAAUCGCGUGCCAUUCUCGUUUACCUGGUGGAAAAGUACGGAAAGGAUGACGCGCUGUACCCCAAGGACAUUCAGAAGCAGGCGGUGAUCAAUCAACGCCUUUACUUCGACAUGGCGUUGAUGUAUCCCACCCUGGCCAACUACUACUACAAAGCAAUAACCAGCGGUCAGUUUGGCAGCGAGGAGGACUACAAAAAGGUCCAGGAGACUUUCGAUUUUCUGAACACAUUCCUGGAGGGUCAGGACUACGUGGCUGGGGACCAGUAUACCGUGGCCGACAUUGCCAUUCUCGCCAAUGUCUCCAAUUUCGAUGUUAUGGGUUUCGAUAUCAGCAAAUAUCCGAAUGUGGCCAGAUGGUACGACCAUGUCAAGAAGAUUACCCCUGGAUGGGAAGAAAACUGGGCGGGAGCUCUGGAUGUGAAGAGGAAGGUCGAGGAGAAACGGAAUGCUGCCAAAUAAUUCAUUUAUUAAGAUUUUAUUAUACAUAAAUAUGUUUAUGCUCACAUACCCAUAGUUGCCACAGAUAUUGAAUAAAGUGAGAAGACUGCCUAAAA